AUGUCAAACGUUGCGCCUGAGUUUGAAGAUGAAGAACAGUUCCAAUGCACCGUUGUCUCCCAAUCUUCUAAUGGCAGUCCUAAUCCUACUGAAAAUGACCCAGAUGCUGAGGUUGUAGCGCUCUCUCCCAGGACUUUAAUGGCUACAAAUAGGUACAUUUGUGAGGUUUGUCAUAAAGGAUUCCAGAGAGAUCAGAAUCUUCAGCUCCACAGGAGAGGGCACAACUUGCCCUGGAAACUCAAGCAAAGGCCAAACACACAGGUUAAGAAGAGAGUGUAUGUCUGCCCUGAGCCAACUUGCGUGCAUCAUGAUCCAAGCCGAGCUCUAGGUGACUUGACUGGCAUAAAAAAACACUUCUGCAGAAAACAUGGAGAAAAGAAAUGGAAAUGUGACAAAUGCUCAAAGCGUUAUGCUGUUCAAUCAGACUGGAAGGCUCACACAAAGAUUUGUGGCACCCGAGAGUAUCGCUGUGAUUGUGGUACUAUUUUCUCAAGAAAGGAUAGCUUUGUCACGCAUAGAGCCUUCUGUGAUGCAUUGGCAGAGGAAAACUAUAAAGCAAACCAGAAUCUUGCUGCCACUGGAGGAAUAUUGCAGAGCCAAGUACAAGAACUAUUCAAUUCAUCAACGCCCAGCUCUGACUCCUGCUCAAAGAAAAGCUCAAUGAUGAAUCUGACAAUUUCUGAUGAGAACAUCGAUGGUUCACGGAGGCCAUUAUCCUUGAACUCAACUGGGAUAAUGGUGUCAAGCAAUUUAAUUCCAACACUAAAUCCAAGAACAUCAAUAGCAUGUUUUAACUCUGCAGAUGGAUCAAAUAUUUCUCCUAUGGCAAUGGGGUCGGCUUUUACCUCUGCAACAGCUCUGUUACAGAAAGCUGCAGAGAUGGGUGCAAAGGUCAGCGAUAAUUCAAUUGCUCCAAUUCUCCUUAGGGGAUUUUCUGCUAGCAGCAUGAACUCAUCUGGGUCAGCCCAGGAAGGUUCUUCGUUAGUUGGUUGCAAUACUGCUGCCAACAUGAACAGCAUGUGUGUGGGAGAUACAGAAACAUUUGAUAACAACUUCGAUCCAGGAUAUUCAAGGAAUGGUUAUACCAUUUCUCAAACUGGAUUAUUUGAGUCUACUCUCAAUAUGAGCUCAGAAAAUCGAAAUGCUUCUAACAGCCUCGGAGGAGAAGUAUACAUGGGAAGAGGCGAAAAAAUGACUCUUGAUUUCCUAGGUGUGGAACCAACUAGGCGUACAACUAUGGGGAAGAAACAAAACUAUGAAGGCAACAUUAUGGGGUUAGGAUACUCAAAUGUGCAUAAAAACUUGAACAAUUUGGAUUCAGAUUGGUAA